AUUUGUUAUUGGGCGGUUAAAAAACAAGACCACGCCCAUACUUCUUUUUGCUUAUUAAAGAGGACUAGUCUCUUUAGUUAGGUUUAUGUGAAUUUGAAUAAUUGCGAUUCCUUCGAUCCUUCUUGCCCAAUGUCCAUGGAUCCACUCUUGCUCCCCGUCACCCAACCACCCCCUGAAAUCUCCGAUGACAAGCGGCUGAAAUCGGUACCGGAUAAGCUAUCGGAACUGCCACUGGAACCAUAUAUUGCAUCGGGAUCGGAUACGGAUACGGCAUCGGAACCGGAACCGGAAUCGGAACCGGAACCGGAACCACAAUCGGAUAUGAAAUUGGAACCGGAACAGGAAUCGGAAUCGGAAUCGGAAUCGGAACCGGAAUUGGACCCGAGAGCGGAUUGGGAGUUAAUACCAAUUGAAAAACUGACGGUGAAUGAUUUGGCUAGCCGUUACGACGAUGACCCUUCUCUUUUUUCUUUUGGAUGUCCGCAAUUUGUGUAUAAGAAUAAAGCUUUUCUUAAAAGUGAGGAGGACAUAAUAAAAGCCAGGGCUGAGUAUCGUAAGCUCUCUCGUGGCAUGUCUCCCUUCGAUGCUAUUCCUAUUCCACCCUUAGCACUUGCAUGUUGCAGUAGCUAUAUCCAUCCCAUGACAAUAACAGAACGACGUCGCCCUCUUCUUACUUACCUCUCCAAGCUUGCUCUGAAAAAGUUUAAUGCUAAGAAUAAGGGUUCAAAUUAUGUGUUUGAUGAACUUGUUAAGGCAUGCUAUCGUCGAAUUCCUCUUGCUACUUAUUACAUUACCUUUAAAGCAAAAGAUGCUGCCCAUCCUCAUACUUCCGACAACCCUGCGACAACUUUCCAGGCGCACGUUUGGAAUAAGCUGGGUGGAAAGUCUGUGGUCAAGUCGUGUUCCAUUAAAACCUAACACCCACACCAUGGAAAUCAUGUCCAUUGCAUUGCAUCCACCUGUUGUGAAACUAGUUUUGGUUGUGUUAGACAGAUAUGUCGAGGUGAAAGCGUGGACAGACUUCCGGGUGUAUUUUAAUGUGUUGAUGUAGCAGUGGUUCAUCACGUUUCUAAUUUAAUUUUCGUUUGUAAGUUUAUUUCCAAGAGGGAAGCAUUAUCAAUUUUAUGAAAAUAAUAAAUUUUAGUAAGUCAGCAAGGAUACUUUUUUAAUUUUUUGUACCAAA